AUGCCAGUCGACACGCUCGUUUCUUCUUUAUUUUCAUCAAAUCCGUACUUUUCCGCCGGGGUUGGAGUUCUUGGUGUAGGUGCAGGCCUAGCUGUCCUUCGUCAAGGAAUUACUCGGGGAGCUGGUGUAGCACGCCGACUGUUACUGGUUUCUCUUGAAAUUCCUUCAAAGGACAAGUCUUAUACGUGGUUUUUGCACUGGAUGUCUAAGCAGUCUGCAAAGAAGACACAUGAACUCGCGGUUGAAACAAAUUUUGUGCAACACGACAACGGGAGUAUUAGCACAAAUUUCAGUUUGGUACCAGGUCCCGGAAAACAUUAUUUCAAAUGGAAGGGCGUUUGGUUAAAGGUCGAACGUGCACGAGACGGAAAAAUGAUAGAUUUGUCUACUGGUAGCCCAUGGGAGACUGUCACCCUUACAACCCUAAGUCGUGACCGCCAUAUAUUUGCGGACCUAUUAAGUGAAGCUCAUAAACUUGCUUUGGCUUCACAAGAAGGGAAAACUGUAAUUUAUACUAGCUGGGGACCUGAUUGGAGACCUUUCGGCUUACCUAGGAAACGAAGAAUGUUAGAUUCUGUGAUAUUGGAUCAAGGGGUUAAGGAGCAUAUAACGAAAGAUGUCGAAGAUUUUAUAAACAAUGGACGGUGGUACAAUGAACGAGGAAUACCUUAUCGUCGCGGAUACUUGUUAUAUGGCCCUCCGGGAAGUGGAAAAAGUAGUUUUAUACAAGCACUUGCGGGAGAGUUACAGUACAAUAUUUGCAUUCUAAAUCUAAGUGAACGUGGUUUAACGGAUGAUCGUCUAAACCAUUUAUUGAGUAAUGCCCCAGAACGUAGUAUAAUUUUGUUGGAGGAUAUAGAUGCAGCCUUCACAACAAAGAGGCAAUCUUCAGAUGAGCAAGGCUAUCAUUCGAUGGUUACAUUCAGUGGAUUGUUGAAUGCUUUAGAUGGAGUUGCUGCAUCUGAAGAGCGAAUUAUAUUUAUGACAACUAAUCAUGUGGAUCGACUUGAUCAAGCAUUAAUACGUCCCGGUCGAGUAGAUUUCAAGGAACACCUUGGUGUCGCCAGUGAAUAUCAAAUUCGUACUAUGUUCUUGAGGUUUUAUGAAGGGCAGACCGAGUUGGCUGAAAAAUUUGUGCAAAGAGUUAAAGGUAAAGGAGUGAGUACGGCACAAUUGCAAGGGCAUUUUGUUUUUUACAAAGGAGAUCCGGAGGCUGCACUUCGACAUUCAGAUUCAGUAACUUAG